AUGUCGAUGGUUGGUGUAUUUCUCUGGAUUUUUCACUUUAGUGAUACUGACAGGUACAUGGGCAAGUAUACAGUUGUGCUUAUACAGUCUGUAGUUGUGUACAUGGAUUUUAAAACCUAUGAUGUCAUCAUGUACUUGGUGUUUGUUCUUGUGAAUUUAGUUAAUCUGCUAUCACAAGUACACUAUCUUAACUGCAUAAGGGUUUUAUUACUACAUCCAAUUAUUAAUGGUGCACAUUCAGCAAUCAGUUUGCAAACAAGAAAUGUAUUCAUUAAAUACACAGCUACUAAUCUAACAAAGGUAAAAAUUGUUCUAAAUACAUAUGUGACAAUGUUUUCGGAGUAUUGCCAAGAAAAGUUCGAAGUUGAACCUGUUACAGUUGUACACUCUGAUGGAUGUACGAGCAUUUAUCCUGAUCCUUCAAUUACCAACAUGAAGGUUGACCUUUCAAAUAUUAGUGGUUCAAUAGGAGUUUCAUUGCCAGAACAGGAGGUGCCAUUUCUGCUUGAGUUCAUUCACUUAUUGAAGAAAAUGCAACUUCAAACCGAAGAGUCAUUAUCUCAGAGUGGAAAGUAUAAUAUUAUUGUUUCAAUACCUCCCACUAGAAGUGAUAUUCUUCAUCCCCAUGAUGUCAUGGAGGGUGUUGCUAUUACUUAUGGUUAUAACAAUAUUCCAAAAUCAAAGCCUAAAUGUUUGACAAAGGGAGGGCGACAACCAUUGAACAAAUUUUCUGAUAAGAUCCGAGCAGAGACACAGUUGGCUGGUUAUUUGAAGGCGUUGACAUGGAUUUUGUGCUCACACGAAGAAAACUUCAGUAUGUUGAAGCAAGUGGAUUUGGGGAAUGCAAUUAGCGUUGCAAAUCCUUGUUCAUCUGAGUUUCAGGUUGUUCGGAAUAGUCUGAUGUCGGGGUUAUUAAAAACCCUAAAACAUAACAAGGAUCACGCAAAGCCCAUUAAGAUAUUUGAAGUGGGUGAUGUUGUCAUAAUUGAUGAAUCCAAUGAUGUUGGUGCGGCAAAUAAUCGUCGACUUGCAGCAUUGUACUGCAAUGUAUACUCCGGAUUUGAGGAAAUUAUGGGCUUGGUUGAGAGAAUAAUGACAAUUAUGGGCUCCUUGAAAUUGCAUUUGAAGCUAACUGAAUUCUUCCCCAACAGACAAUGUAGCAUCAGUUUCAAGGUAAAAAAGAUCGGCAACUUUGGCAUUGUUCAUCCAGAGGUUUUGUCCGAGUUCAAAAUACAGGACCCUUGCUCAUUUCUUGAGAUUGACAUCCCGUCCGUGCUAUGAAGUCCCGAAAAUUAUGCAGCAUCCAAUUGCUU